AAAGGAAAGGCAGUUUACCGACGAAAGAGGCGGGGAGUCAAGGAGAUAUUCCAGAUCCUCGGCGGCGGUCUUCUUCGAGUAUCUAGGGUUAUCCGUCGCUGUGGAAAUUGUAUUCGACCAUCCAAAACUUCAUUGUUUUGUUCGGGAUGAUUGGAGUGAAGCUCUCCCCUCAGUUCUAUCCCAUCCCCGACGAUUACAAGUGUGUAAGCUGGUACUUCCCAAUACUGCCGAGCUUAACUCUCUGAUUUUCUACUCCAGCGCUUUUCUUCUACUUCGAGCUUGUAGAGCCGAGCUAUUGUAGGCUUGCUGAGGCGUCUGGCGGUGUGGCCAUGGUGAGGAUGCUGAUCGUGAAGGAUGACAAGUAGGAAACGUGGGAAGGGUGUGGAAGAUGUUAAUGAGAUGUAGGGGGGGAUGCCGAGCUUCAUUCCUUCGUUGGCUGCGACUCAAUCAGUUGGUGCCGAGGGAAAUAAUGAUCGUGCUACAAGAGUAUCUGAGCAUGGGACAUUGGACCAGUCCGGUGGAUUUUAUGUAAACUACGGCUUCAACAGCACAAAUCCUUUAUUAAAAUCAAGUAGUGAGGCCAUUGCUUCUGAUUCUCUUCGUUUUGGUGCUUACAGCAAAAAUCCUGCUUCAGUUGUUCUUACUCCAGAAGUUAGAGUUGGUUCUGUUACUGUUGUCCAGCUGAAGGGACAGAAAACUGGUCCGGUAUCUUUAUCUAGUGGUCAGCUUGAGAAUUGGGAAGAGUCUGCUAUGGCGGACAACAGUCCAAGGACUGAUACCUCUACAGACGUGGAUACUGAUGACAGGAACCAAAGGUUUGAUAAAGGACAAGCUAUUGGUGUAAUAGCAUCUGACUCUAGUGACAGAUCUAAAGGAAAAGCAGGGGAUCAGAAAACUCUUAGACGGCUUGCUCAAAAUCGUGAAGCUGCAAGAAAAAGUAGAUUAAGGAAAAAGGCUUAUGUUCAACAGCUAGAAAAUAGUAGGUUGAAGCUCACUCAACUUGAGCAGGAGCUACAAAGGGCACGGCAACAGGGUAUUUUUAUUUCAAGCUCAGGGGAUCAGUCUCAUUCAGUUGGUGGAAAUGGAGCGUUGGCAUUUGACAUAGAAUAUGCACGAUGGCUCGAAGAACAUAACCGGCAGAUCAAUGAACUGAGGGCUGCAGUGAAUGCUCACGCAGGCGAUAGCGAUCUACGCAUAAUUGUUGAUGGAGUAACGGCACACUUUGACGAAAUAUUUAGAUUGAAGGGCAUUGCUGCUAAGGCUGACGUCUUUCACAUGCUCUCGGGCAUGUGGAAGACGCCCGCGGAGAGGUGUUUUCUUUGGCUUGGUGGCUUCCGUUCUUCCGAACUACUCAAGUUACUGGUAAAUCAGCUGGAGCCCCUAACUGAACAGCAGGUGGUGGGACUCUGCAACCUUCAACAGUCGUCACAACAGGCAGAGGACGCUCUUUCACAAGGCAUGGAAGCUCUGCAGCAAUCUCUGGGCGAAACUCUAGCUGGAUCUCUGGGAUCCUCUGGAUCUUCUGGUAAUGUCGCGAACUAUAUGGGACAGAUGGCCAUGGCCAUGGGGAAGCUUGGAACACUAGAAAACUUCCUUCAUCAGGCCGACAACCUCCGACAGCAGACGCUGCAACAAAUGCAUAGGAUAUUAACCACUCGGCAGUCCGCUCGAGCUCUUCUCGCCAUUAACGACUACUUCUCUCGGCUUCGCGCGCUGAGUUCUCUCUGGCUGGCCCGUCCUCACGAGUAAUGAAUGAAGGUGGUUCCUUUUUAGUCUUUGUUGGAUUCAAAAUGAUCUUUAGGGAUGCAGUAUUUGGUUUUUGAUUGAAUUGGUCACUGUAUUUUGGCUGUUGUCUUACAUUGAAGAAAGAAGCUAUAAUCAGCUUUCUAAUGUUGUAAGAAAUGUGUAUUUUGUUCUGUAACAAAGAAUGAACAGUUUAUUGUGCAGUGUAAAAUGCUGUUUAGUUCAGACUUUAGAAGGUGUAAUGGCUGAAUAAAAUGAUUGGAAAUUGAUGCAGAGCUUCUAAGACUUUG